AUGGCGGACUUCAUAGUUGAGCUGUAUGUAUCAAAGGUUUUCCACAAAUGGAUGCCUCCUGAAGCAAUUGAUCUUGCUUCACGUCUAUUGCAAUACUCCCCUAGUCUCCGUUGCACCGCACUAGAAGCAUGUGCACAUCCUUUCUUUGAUGAGCUUCGAGAACCCAAUGCCCGCUUACCUGAUGGUCGUCCAUUACCUCCCCUUUUCAACUUUAAGCAGGAGUUGUCUGGAGCUUCUCCAGAGCUUGCUAAGAAGUUGAUACCAGAGCACGUGAGGCGGCAAAUGGUCUAA